AUGAAAAGGAGCGCUGCCUGGCGAUAUUUUGAUCAAGACGACGAAUCUGACAUAAGUAAAGUAUCUUGCACCAUUUGCGGGGAAGUUUUAAGCCGUGCAAACAACACGUCAAACUUGUUCAAGCAUUUGAAAUAUAAUCACAACUCGGAGUACAAAACCGUGGAUGCAGAGAAGAAAGAACAGGAAAAAUCACAGGCAAACAAAAGAAAGGCUACUCCAAAGCAAAUGACCAUGCAAUCGGCACUCGGAAGAGGAACAACUUACCCUAUCUCUUCGAAACGGUGGGGAGACAUAACAGAAUCAUUGGUAGGAAUGAUCGCCAAGGUAAGUGUAUCGUAAUUUUUAAACAAUAUUUUUUGUAAUACUUUCUGUAAUAAAUGGUAGUUAUAUUCAUUAUUAAUAUAUUACUUUAUGCUGUAUUAUUUAAUAUUAUCUUAGCAUUGUAGUAUAAUAUUAUGUUCGUCUAUUGUUACUAUAUUAUGACCAAUAAGGCAAUGAUAUUGUUUUGCUGAUUAUUUUAAUAGGACAUGCAGCCUCUUUCUGUUGUUGAGAAUGAAGGAUUCAUUAAAUUUGUUAAGGAGUUGGAUCUGCGGUAUCAGCUACCUAGUCGUUCUACUAUCACAAGGUCACUACUUCCAAAAAAGUAUGAAAAACUAAAGGAUGCCGUAAAACGUGAACUGACGCAAGUAAAACAUGUUGCUCUGACAACAGAUCUGUGGACUUCUAAUCAAACUUUAAGUUAUCUCACUCUUACCUGCCACUUCAUUAACCACGAAAUGCAAUUGUGUUCAAAGGUCCUUGAAACAUUGUACGUACAGAAGGACCACACUGCACCAAACCUUGCAGAAGAAUUGAAAAAUAUUGCAAAAGAGUGGGAGAUAACUCAGAAGAUCUGUUGCAUUAUCACAGAUAAUGCUGCUAACAUUGUAGCCGCUGUAAACUUGCUUGGAUGGCGUCAUCUGCCUUGCUUUGCGCACACUCUUAACCUAAUUGUUCAGGAUUCUCUGAAUGCUGUCACUGGACUACCACGUCUUCAGAAGAAGUGCAAAGACAUUGUAACUUACUUUCAUCGCAGUACAAAAGCAACAGAAAAGCUGUUAUCUAUGCAGUCUCAGGCAAACACAACCACAAAGCCAAUGAAACUUAAGCAGGAUGUUGAGACGCGAUGGAACUCAACUUUUUACAUGAUGGAACGUUUGCUUAAGCUUCGGGAAGCCGUGACAACUGCCUUGUGCUUAAGUGGAAGGAACGAUCUAUGUCUUACUAACUCUGAAUUUGAUUCAAUGCAGCAAAUUGUCUCUGUGCUAGGGGGAUUUGAGAAGGCAACACGAGAAAUGUCAAGUGAGUCAUUCAUCUCAGUGUCAAAAAUAAUUCCUCUGGUUCACUUGCUGCAAGGUGCUCUUGGUGGCAGUUCAACUCCAGUUGUUAAUGAGUCCCAAUCGCUUGAAUCUAAGCUCAAAGCAGAACUGAAGCGUCAAUUGAAAAGAAGAUUUUCCCAACUAGAGUCUAACCAUACUCUUUCGGCAUCAACUAUUUUAGAUCCGCGAUUCAAGAAAAUUGCUUUUUGCAGUGCUGAUAAUGCUGAACGAACUAUUGAUAGAAUUUCAGCGGAAGCUUGUAACAUAAUCACGAAUGAUACUAAUGAAAGCGGCACAUCGAUGUCAGCGAGUACCACAACACAGAACAAUACAGAACAAUCUGCCUAUGAAAGUGAUUUGUGGGGGAGCUUCGAUAAGAAGGUUGCCGAGGCAUCUACACACCGUUCCAGUUCAGUAGAAUCUACUGUAGAAAUAAGGCGGUAUGUACAAGAGAAGAAUAUUCCUCGUCAAGAAGAUCCGCUAGCAUGGUGGAAGAAGCACGCAUCAACUUAUCCGCACUUAACUGAGCUAUUCAAGAAGUAUCUAUGCAUCCCGGCAACAUCUGUUCCAUCCGAAAGAGCGUUUUCAAAAGCUGGUGAAUUGGUUUCAAAGAAAAGGUCAAACCUAAAGCCCUCAAACAUUCACAUGCUUCUAUUUCUGAACAAUAAUAUGUGA